AUUAAAACAAAAUAGCACAACAAGAGUAAUAUAAAUUCAAAUUCAUACAUAUUUUCGGUAUAAUUAAGUACAUACUACAAUUACUGCAAUAUAAUGAAAUUUUGUAUUAUUUCAAUUCUAUUAUGCUUCGCACUCUCAGUUAAUGCAGAAUAUGCAUUGGAGAAAAGAAGUGCCCAUUACAGACUUAUAAGAGAUAUAACUAGUACAAACCGAAAUCGAUUUCUUGAAAAUUCCCGCUCAGAUAUAAUAGAAAAUUGCAGACGAAAUGGAAUGACAGCACAAACCCAAAGUAAGCUUGAGAAAGCAUUUGAUGACGUCGAAGUAUGUGCAGGUAGUAAACGUAUAUAUUCCGUAUCAGAAGCUGAAUUUACAAAAAACAUUAAUGACUGUAGCAAAGAAGUGGUUCGCCUUAGUAAAGCCUGCUUAAAGGAGAGUCAAAGCUAUUUUCCAGAAUUACUUAUAGCAAUGCGAAAUUCAGUAACAUCCUUCCUCUAUGCUAACAAAGAUGUUAUAACAUCUAAUGAGGUAAGAGACUGUUACAAAAAAGUGGAGAGAAGUAGAGUGGGAGAUACAUAUAGGCAAUGUGUUGAACAAGCUGCGGCGGGAGUAGAUAAAGACGAGCUUCCUCAUAGUAAAGCUGAAGCAUGUCGGGUUCUCACUAGCGUUGGUAAAUGUUUUCCAAAGAUGUUUUCUGAACAAUGUGAGACGUCUGACAAUUUAAGCAAAUUCCUGAAAAUUUACGACGAAGCAAUAACUGGUCCAUGCGCAGCUUAAAAAUAAAUUUUUUUAUUAUAUUAACUAAAUAAAAAAAUUACUGAGUAUCUAUAUUUGUGUUUUAAACUAACUGUUAUUAUAAUUUUUAAUGAUA